AUGAUUAGUUUUAAACUGUUUUUAGCCAUAUAUUUGUUUGGUGGGUUAACUUUUAUCCCAUUGAUAUUAUAUUUGGUUAUAAAAUUACAUUUUUUAUUGAAUACAGUUGAUGAUGAAAGUACUGAAAAUGUUAAAAAUCAAUUACUUAAUGAUAUGGUAGACCCGAACUUUAAAGCUGGGAAAUUCCAAGAAGAUAUAGGCGUAAAAGUGUUUAGAAAAGGUUGGAUUACAGUAACUAGAGAAUAUUACCAUCAUUUUUCCGAAUUGUCAAAAUUAGGUUCUGAUUCAGACACUGAUUCUGUUCUAGAUAGAUCUCAAUUGAAAAAGAAACAGCGGUUCUAUGCAGUUUUGAAACAUGGAAAUUUAUUCUUAUACAAAAGAGAUGACCCUAAUAGUGAUUUAGUAAAUGCAAUCUCGUUGAACCAAGCUUUUGUGAGUAUUUGGCCAAGAGAUCCCUCAAAUGAGGUUUUGGAUGGUUCUUUGUUCACUAAAAGAACUUGUAUUUGCAUAUUGAAAAAAGGCGCUGUCUCUUACGAUGAUCAAAACAGAAAAAUUGUAUUCGAUGGAAUGAAUACCCAAGAUCAAGACUCGCCAUUAUCUCCAACGACCCCUUCUACAGGUUCAGCAACUGCUAUCUCACCAUCAAACAAAUAUUUCUUGUACUUUGACAAUAACAUGGAUAAAGAAGACUGGUAUUUCGAUCUAAUUAAUGCAUCAAAAAACGAAAAGACUCUGGAUGAUAUCAAUCCUUUGAAUCCAAUGAGCUCAGCAAAAACUGCUCAUUUGAAUACACAUGAUUCUUUACUUUUGAUCCAAAAUAUCAAUGCUACAGAAGGUCAAUUAUCGACAAAAUGGUUGAAUGUGUUAAUAGGUCGUUUGUUUUUAUCACUACAACAAACAGAGGCUUUGAAUAAUUAUUUUAAUAGAACUGUCUAUAAGAAAUUAUCAAAAAUUCAUAAACCAGGAUUUUUAGAUGAUUUGGCAGUUCAAAAAAUAGAUGUUGGCCAUUCAGCACCUUUAAUAACAAACCCUGUAUUGAGAGAAUUAUCCCCAGAAGGUGCUACAAAAAUUGCCUUUGAUAUACAAUAUAGAGGUGAUAUGAAUAUAAUUAUUGCAACAAAGGUAAACAUAAGUUUGGGUUCAAGGUUUAAACAAAGAGAGUUUUCAGUACAAUUAUCUAUUAAGGUCAAAGAAAUUUCUGGCCCAAUGAUCUUGAUCAUUAAACCUCCUCCUUCGAAUAGAAUUUGGUAUGCAUUUGAAUCAGAGCCGAUAUUAAACUUUGAAAUUGAGCCAAUCGUAAGUUCAAGUAAGCUUUCUUACAAUGUGAUCACAAAUGCGAUAAAAAGUAAAUUAAUUGAAGGUAUUAAGGAAUCAUUAGUUGCACCUUUUAUGGAUGAUUUAGUAUUUUACCCAACGGAGUCAGAGAUAUUUAGGGGUGGUAUUUGGGAAAAAAAUGAAUCUGAACCACCAGAGGUUCCAUCGAACCCUGAUACCUCGUCAAUUCCCUCUACAGAAAAAUUUUUGUCAAAUGACGAUAUGGAUAAUUUAUUAACUGAAAAGGUAACAAUACCCAAUUUUGAAGUCGAUAGUUUGGAUGAAACACAUUCAGCUGCCAGCUCUGCAGAUUACAAAGGUAGCCAAAUGUCAAAUGUUAAAAAACGUACAUUACAAAAAGUUGAAAGUUUAAAAAAUUCUAUUCAAUAUAGAAAAUCAUCUUCUAAUGGAUUGUCUGAUAAAGAUGAGUUUACUUCUCCUGCAUCUAGUGACACAAGAUCGAUAGGUUCUACUGAAACAACUGAAGAAAACAGUUCAUCUAAGAAAUAUAUCAAAUAUUCAAUUAAGAAGAUUGGUAAAUGGUACAAGGAUAAUGUUGCAUCUAGUGAUGACAACAAUAACAAUUAUCAAGUCACAGACAAGGACAAAGAUCUUUAUAAUGACAAUCAAUCGCAACAAUAUGAAGUAAAGCCGGUUGAGUUGCAUUCAUUGCAGGAUGCAGGCUCUCAAAAUGAUCUUGUUACAAAUGCAAAUGUCGAACCAAAAGGAGAGUUACCUCAGCCAACAUUGAAACCUGCACCAGUUAUUUUGGAGAAUGAUAGCCCGAAGAUGAUUUCAAAUAGAAGGAGACCAGUUCCUAAGGUUCCAAAUGUCCCUCUAGCAUUAGCUGUAUCAACUUCCAUGACAACCAGUGGAUCUUCUUCAUCUUUAAAAAGCCCAACUUCUCCUACUCCACCUUCAACUGGCAUGUUUAUUAACCACGAAAGGACGAGAUCUAUUUCAUCUUCAUCGUCAACAGAUGUACAUAACUACAUCAAUCCUGACUUCAAAGAAGCUCAACUAAAAGGGUUUAUUAAACAUAAUGAUUUUACCACCGAUACAUUUAAUGAUACAGUUAAUGAAGGUAAAUUACACUUAGCUAUGCAACAAAGAGAAGGAGUUAUCAAAAAUGAUUACAAUUCCUCAAAUUUGACUCUACAAGAAAAAUUGGAUGCACCUACUGAUGAGAAAGAAUUAACUAAUUAA